AUGAUGAGUCAGCUUGCUGCAGGGACCCGCUCUGGGAAGCCGCGCUUCACAGUACUCCAGGGCGUGGCAGCCACGCCCAAGAACGUGUGUGUAACGGUGCAGUACAGCUCACACGCCAGGCUCCUGGAACGCAGAUGUCUUAGUACUGAAUCUGACCGAGUGGAAUGCUCUGUGAUGGAGCAUUCAUUUUCCUGUGCAUUUGGAUACUUUGUGAGCAUUCUGCUCUUACAGAUGGUGCUCACCUCAGAGCAAUUCACUGUGAGUAGCCCCAGGAGACACCAGGUGGUCAUGCUAGGCACACAUGCUGAGCUCAGCUGCCAGCUCUCCCCCCGACAGAGUGCAGAACACAUGCAGGUGGGCUGGUAUCGGGAUCACUACCAACCGAUUUCCGUUUACAAGAAAGGGGAAGAACUCUCUGGAAAAAGCAUUCAGAAUUAUAUGAAUCACACAAUGAUCCUGAAGGAUGCCCUCGGAGAGGGUAAAAUGACCCUCAGAAUCCACAACGUCAGUGUUUUUGAUGCAGGGCAGUACCACUGUUUCUUUAAAGAUGAUGAUACCACUGAAGAGGCCACUGUGGAUCUGAAGGUAGCAGCUGUAGGAGUGGAUAUACAGAUUAAUGUUGAGAUUCCUGACACAAAAGGGCUCGUGGUGGAGUGUAACUCAGGAGGGUGGUUCCCACAACCCCGCAUGGAAUGGAGAGACAGCAGAGGGAAUGUAAUUCCAGCCUCGUCAAAAGUCUUCUCUGAGGAUGGAAAUGGAUUAUUGCACCUUAAGAUGAGUGUUCUUCUCGAAACCAGCACCCAUGGCCCUGUCACUUGCUGCUUGCUUAACCCAGUUACUCAACAAGAGAAAAGGGCAGGUAUUGUCCUACCAGAUAUCCUGAUAAAAUUGGAGUAUAUGUCGACAAUAACAUGCAUAAAUUCAUGGCUCCUGAUAUAUUUAUUCAUUAUGCAUGUUCUUCUGUACUUCAGAUCAAAAGUUGUACAAGAUAAAUGUCCCGUUCUUUUUGAAAUUUUAUUUGAGUGGUUACCAUUCCUCACACAUGCUAGCAUUUUUCCUAUCUACUGGAAAUUAUGGAAUAGAGGCUCUGUUUUGGAAGGUCUGGCCCCGUUAUAUAAUACUUGGAUGUGUGAUAUAUCUGUAGUCGUGAGCACACUGAUAACGUUUUUCACCAUACUCAUUUUUUACCUAUUUUAUACCCUGAAAGGUAAGUGA